AAUAUUUCUACACAAAUUAUGAAGAUCAAAUUCUCACUUUUAAUGUUUUUGACCCUUUACCAGCACCUUUCUCUUUUUUCUUAAUUUUCAUCCUAGCCCACCACCAUCAUCAUCACCUAUGACUCUUCUUGUCUCCUCUUUUUCCCUUUUACAUCCCAUUUUAUUAUUUUUAAUAUUUUCUCAAAUCCAAAUUUUGAAUUCUAAUUUCUUUUUAUUAUUGUUCUUUAAUGGAUGUUCAAGCUGUACUAGAGUUUUUCCAGAAGAAUAACUUAUCACAAGCUGAAUUUGCCUUCAAACAAGAUCUUACUGAAAGGAAACAUCUUUCUGGGUCUUAUGACUUCGAGAAGUUUCUUUUUCCUAUGAACCCACCUCCUCCUCCGGUCAAACUUCCUGUUCAUACUCUUAAAUGGGCUAAUGGGCCUCAUUCGGGUUCUGGGUCGGGUCCUGAUUCUUCUGGGGACGAUGAGUUUAAGAGUUUAGAUUCUUCUACUUCUGCUAGUGCUGCCUGUUCUUCAGACUUUACAAAUCCAUAUGCUCGUCGUUCUACGAUACAAGCCAAUUCGGAUACUUCCUCUGAUAGAAUGUCUCAGUUUGGAACGGCUAGAGAUUACAAUGAUUUUGAUAUGCAGACUGACUUGUGGUACGAUGACAAAGAUGAUGGGCCAUACAUGACUCCUAGCUUUGGGGGGUUAGAUCCUUUUGGAUGUCCUAGUGAAGAUAAGUUUGUCACGACAUCUGAGACGGGAAAUGCUCUUUCAAGAAGUCCAUUUUCGUAUAAUGGUUUAUCAGAAGAGUCUGAGGAAAACGAGCGCCAUGUUGAAUUUCCCUUUCACAUUGAUCAUAAGAUAUCCGAUGAAACGGUUGAUGGUCAUGUAAAGGAUUGUUAUCAACUUGAAGUGAAAAACGAUGUUGAAGAAGAGAGCAAAUGGGAUCUUAGGCGCACCUGUGGUAGUGACUCGGAAAAUUUUGAUUCCAACCUGAAAGAGGCAAUUUUGAAUGAAUUGGAUUCCAUGAUGGCUAAGCAAAGGCUUUCCAACACGGAAACUUUGAUCGACGGAAAUGAAGAGGAUUUUGCUGAAGCAUUGGAUGGUUCAAAGAGUAUUUUCGAAACUUACAAGCAUGAUUUGGCUCUGGUUGAUAGUUGUGAAUAUAUAUUUCGAGCUAAUGAUGAGAAGGAAGUGGUUAUAAGUAGUAGAGAACCUAGCAGUGCUGUCAAUGAGCAGGAGAAUACGACACCAAAAGAGAUUCCGUAUUGGGAAACCAAUGAAGAUGAGUAUGAAGUAUUUAACUUGCGAAUCGUUCACCGGAAGAACAGGACAGGAUUUGAAGAGAGUAAAGAAUUUCCUAUUGUAAUGCACACUGUCGUUGCGGGGCGAUACUACAUCACCGAGUACUUGGGUUCUGCUGCUUUUAGCAAAGUUGUUCAGGCUCAUGACAUCCUGACUGGAGUUGAUGUUUGCCUCAAGAUCAUUAAAAACGAUAAAGAUUUUUUCGAUCAAAGCUUGGAUGAAAUCAAACUUCUAAAGUAUGUCAACAAGCAUGAUCCUGCGGAUACGUACCACAUUUUACGUCUAUAUGACUACUUUUACCAUCAGGAGCAUCUUUUUAUUGUUUGUGAACUUCUUCGAGCCAAUUUAUACGAAUUUCAGAAAUAUAAUAUGGAAUCCGAUGGAGAGCCGUACUUCACAAUGAGUAGAUUACAGGCCAUAGCACGGCAGUGUUUGGAAGCGUUGGAUUAUUUACACAGUUUAGGCAUCAUCCACUGCGAUCUAAAACCCGAGAAUGUUUUAAUCAAGAGCUAUAGCAAAUGUGAAAUAAAGGUUAUUGAUCUUGGAAGCAGCUGUUUUGAGACGGACAAAUUGUGUCUCUAUGUUCAAUCUCGAUCUUAUAGAGCUCCUGAAGUAAUUUUGGGGCUGUCUUAUGGUCCUAAAAUCGAUAUUUGGUCUCUUGGCUGUAUCAUGGCUGAGCUUUGUUCUGGCGAGGUACUUUUCCCAAAUGACGCGGUGGUAAUGUUGUUGGCCCGUAUGAUUAGUUUGAUUGGUCCUAUUGAUUUGGAAAUGCUAUUGAGAGGACAAGAGACACACAAGUACUUCACCGAGGAGUACGACCUUUACCAUGUCAAUGAGGAUUCGAUUCAAAUGGAAUACAUAAUUCCCGAGCAAUCCUCCUUAGAGCAUCACCUUCCAGUAUCAGAUGCCGGGUUCAUGAACUUCAUAAGGUAUUUACUUCAGAUAAAUCCUCGAGGACGCCCCACAGCAAAAGAAGCACUCGAACACCCUUGGCUUUCCUUCUCAUAUAGUAAUUAGUUUCAGUAAAGGAAAAUCGGAAAAAGAAAAUUCUUCGAUUUUUAGGGAAGGGUCGGGGAGGGAAUUUUUAAUUGCAUACUUGCAUUUGAAGGUGUUCUUGUAGGUUAAAGGGCAUUUUCAUUGCGAAACUCGCAACAUACUUAUCUUAUGUCCAUAUAUCUGUAAAUAUUACAGACAGAGGAUGCUGUACAUAGUGUAGAGUUGUAGGCGUUUUUUCGUCGCCUUUUGCAUUUUCUCUCAUCGUUUUCUUUAUUUUUCUCACUUCUCGAUGGGUUUUGUCUGCUGUAAAUCAUCCCCUCUGUGGUUGAGGGAAUGGAAGAUUGGUUUCCUGAACAUUGGCUAACCAUAUAUAGAAGUAUAUUUUACAGCUUAUGUACGAUCAAGUUCUUCUAAUCUUCUGGGGAUCUUAACUUUGCAAUUUUUUGUAAUGCGUAUCGAGACACACUAAUCGUUUGAUUACUAUUAGUGUAAAUAUAUGUCUGAAAACUUGAAUAUGGACGGAAUUUGAUUACUAUUACGGUCCGUUUGGUACAUGGUAUUAGAGGGCGGUAAUGGUAAUAAAAUUAAGUAAUGAAAAUUUUGGUUGUUUGGAUACCUUCAAUGGUAAUGGAUGGUAAUAAAAUAAGGUAAUGAAAUUACCACCAUUUUCAUUACCAUCAAACAACAUGGUAUUA